AUGAUUACGCAUACGAUUGUGGCCGUCAUAGCUGCAUUUACAGUUUGUUUGUUUGUUUCUCCAAUCCCGGAGGUCCCGACCGAAGCAUACGUUUUGCCAUAUGUUAUCGCAAACGGUCUUUUAAGCUGGUUCUUUUCCAGGGGAAGCUCAUUCACGACCUCAUUUACUUCUCUUAUCACUAUCAAUGCGGCCUUUAUUCUCACCUCUACACUCACCACAAUCAUUCGCCGACUGUAUUUCUCGCCACUCAGCAGGUACCCGGGACCCAAAUUAGCAGCCGUAUCUGGACUGUGGAAUGCGAAUGAGGCCCGUCUCGGCCGUACUCCAAGAACUCACAAGGCACUCCAUGAACGAUUCGACAGCGAUGUUGUUCGGAUCGGACCAAAUGAGCUAUCAAUUCGUAAUGUCGGCGCGAUCGAUCAGUUCUACGGAGGGAAGUACAUCAGAGGCAAUUUCAGUCAAGUUUUCAAUCUCCAGGGAGGACAAAACGUUGCGAGCUUGAGAGAUCAUAAGAUACAUGGGGCUUGGAGGCGGAUCUGGGGACGGGCCUUCGCUGGAUCCGAGAUACUGCGUUACACACAGAGACUGCAUGUACACACGAGCAGAACUGUUGAGAAGCUGCGAAGGUUGUCUGGCAAGCCUGUAGAGUGUGGUCAUCUAUUGGAUGCUCUAGCGUUUGACAUCAUUUUAGACUUAGCAUUCUCUCAAGAUUAUGGACUACAAAAAGGCAAAGGCGACUUCAAGCCCGUGGAACUGAUUCAUAACUUUUUGGGGCUCAUGCAGGUUGUGGGGCACCUCCCACACGCUCAGCAAGUUUUGCGCUAUCUUCCCAUGGAUCCUGACGGCGUACUGUUCGACCAGAUAGGAGAGGGAAUAUUCGCGAAGAGGCAGACACUGAAGACCCCACGCGAAGAUAUCUUUGAACAUUUAGGGAAACCAGACCGAGAAACUGGUAUAAAAAUGUCGAACAAGGAUAUCAAGAUGCAUAUACCUAUCACCAUGACCGUCGGCGCCCACUCCAUAAGUACAACCUUGACCCGGACCUUCGCCGCGUUGGCAUCUCAACCAGACAUUCAAGCCCGCAUCCGUCAAGAGCUUGGAGAUACCUUGGGUGAGAACGAAGUAAUGUCGAGCAAGACGCUUAGAGGUGCAAGAUACCUGGAAGCGGUGGUAAAAGAGGGGUUGCGGAUGUUCUCCCCUCUUCAUGGAGGUACGCCAGCUAUCUCUCCCAAAGGCGGCAUAACACUCGACACGGGCGACUUCAUUCCCGAGCAUACGCAGAUCUGGAUCGGUCAGCACGUUAUGAUGUCCGACGAGAAGUACUUUCCUAGGGCUGGCGAGUUCUUGCCGCAACGGUGGUUGAUACAAGAGGGUAGCAAAGAAGGAGACAUGACAAACUUGGUGAAGGAUAAGAGGGCUUGGAUUCCUUUUGGAUACGGAACGCAUGCAUGUGGAGGGAGAGCACUGGCGAUGGAAGAGAUGAAAGUGACUGUUGCACGCAUUGUAAGAGAUUUUGACAUUUCUUUCAGGCAGCCGCAGUUUGAUUAUGACAGUUGGGCGGACAGCUGGAAGGAUCUGUUCCUUACAGUUAUCGAGAAGAUUGAUCUUAGAUUCGUACCACGAACAGUAUGA